AAGCCUUCCCCCUACAAAUAUACACUUAUCACCCUUUAAGCUUCUUUUUAAGCUUUUAAAGCAAGUUCACAGUUUUACACUCUUUUCUUUUACACUAACUAGUAACUACUAAACAGAAAAAGAGCCGUUACCCUCCUCUCUAGAUUCUUUAUAAGAAGAUAUAAGAACGUUACUAAUCACUUUUGUAGAAGAAGAAGAAGAAGAAGAAGCAUUGUUAGCUUGAAAGACCUAAUGGCCAGGGGGUUCAGGCUUAUCUUUACAGCUUCACUUUUGCUUAUGCUUUUAGAUCUAUGCAGGGGAAGCACAAUUGGAGUUUGCUAUGGAAGAAAUGCUGAUGACCUCCCCACACCUGAUAAAGUGGCCCAGCUGGUUCAACUUCAUAACAUAAAAUAUGUUAGGAUUUAUGAUUCCAAUAUUCAGGUUCUCAAGGCCUUCUCAAACACUGGAGUUGAACUUAUGAUUGGAAUUACAAAUUCAGACUUAUUGCCUUUCUCCCAGUUCCAAUCAAAUGCAGACACAUGGCUGAAGAACAGCAUCCUUCCUUACUAUCCAGCCACUAAGAUCACAUGCAUAACUGUUGGUGCUGAAGUCACAGAAAGCCCCAAUAAUGUCUCUGCCUUAGUGGUACCUGCCAUGAAUAAUGUCCUCGCAGCCCUUAGAAAAGUUGGUCUACACAAGAAGAUCAAAGUUUCAAGUACCCAUUCCCUUGGAGUUUUAUCCCGAUCAUUCCCACCCUCUGCUGGAGCUUUUAAUAGUAGCCAUGCAUUCUUCCUGAGGCCCAUGCUGGAAUUUUUGGCUGAGAACCAGUCACCUUUCAUGAUUGAUAUUUAUCCUUACUAUGCUUACAGAGACUCUCCGAACAAUGUGUCUCUAGACUAUGCUCUAUUUGAGUCAUCUUCAGAAGUUAUUGAUCCAAACACUGGUUUGCUGUACACAAACAUGUUUGAUGCCCAGAUUGAUGCUCUUUAUUUUGCGCUGAUGGCUCUAAAUUUCAGAACAAUUAAAGUCAUGGUCACUGAAACAGGCUGGCCUUCCAAAGGAUCACCUAAGGAGUCAGCUGCAACUCCUGAUUAUGCUCAGACCUAUAAUACCAAUCUGAUUCGGCAUGUCAUUAACAAUACUGGUACUCCUGCAAAGCCUGGAGAGGAGCUUGAUGUGUAUGUCUUUUCUUUGUUCAAUGAAAAUAGAAAGCCAGGGUUGGAAUCUGAGAGGAACUGGGGCUUAUUUUAUCCUGACCAGACAAGUGUCUAUAGCCUGGAUUUCACUGGAAAAGGUGCUGCCGUAAUGACUACAGAGUCGAACAUUACCAGUUCAAAUGGAACAACAUGGUGCAUAGCUUCAAGUAAGGCUUCUGAAAAGGACUUGCAGAAUGCCUUGGACUGGGCUUGUGGUCCUGGGAAUGUGGACUGCACUGCUAUUCAGCCUAGUCAGCCUUGUUAUGAGCCAGAUACUACAAUCUCUCAUGCAUCAUAUGCCUUCAACAGUUAUUACCAGCAAAAUGGGGCUACUGAUAUUGCCUGCAGCUUUGGAGGGAAUGGAGUUAAAGUUGAUAAGAACCCAAGCUAUGAUAGUUGCUUGUAUUUAACAGCAGGGAGCAACAAAACUGUGGCAAGCAAUACAACGGCAAUUUCUUCAACUUCUUCUUCCUCCUCUACAAAGAAUGAAGUUUCAACAUGGAUCUGUAUUUAUCUUCUUGUUACUGUCCUCUCACUCUUGAAUAUUAGCCAUGCCUGGUAAGUUUGAUCUUUCAGAACUGUAAAGAUUUUGCCAUGGAAAUGAGAAGUACCAGUGGUGGUGCUAGUGAUGCAAGGACAGGUAAAUAGUUUGAAAAUUUUUCCCCAAAUGCAUGAGGAAGAAUGUAAUUUGUUAGAUUGAUCCCCUCCCCGUGUAGUUUUGUAUGAUAGUGAAAGGUGUUAAGAAUAUGGCAAGCAAGACAACGCCAUUUGUGGGAUAUUAAAAUAUAUAUGCUUUUGCAUGCUUGAGGGCUCAAAUUUGUGCCAUGAGUUUGUUGUAGCUUUUGAACUUUUAUCAUUGCAAAUCAUAGUUAAGUGAAUGUACAAGUAUGCUGUGUGAGA